GGUAUGAGAUGUGAUGUCAAACACGUCAAAGAUUAGUAGUGUAUGUAAGAUGGCUGUUAAAGUGUGUAGUAGGCUAGUGAAACACAGCUUAUUUAUGUUGAUAUUUGAAAUAUGCAUUGUAGUAGGAAAACAAAAAGUAGUACAGCUCAAUGAAGAUAACUGGAAGGAAAUGCUUGACAAAGAAUGGAUGGUAGAAUUUUAUGCUCCCUGGUGCCCUGCUUGCAAGGCUCUGCAGCCUCUAUGGGAAGAAUUCUCAACAUGGAGUGAAGAUCUCAGCAUUAAAGUGGGACAGGUUGAUGUGACUACAUCACCAGGGCUUAGUGGGAGGUUCAUGGUGACAGCUUUGCCUACCAUAUUCCAUGUUCUGAAUGGAGAGUUUCGCCAGUAUCGGGGUGCAAGAGACAAGGAUGCCUUUAUCUCUUUUAUUGAAGAUGAGAAAUGGAAAACUGUUGAUGCAAUUCCCAGUUGGAAGUCUCCUGCUUCAUUUCAGAUGUCAGUUGUUUCUUACUUCUUCAAGUUAUCACAAGUUUUACGGGCUGUCCACAAUAACCUGAUGGAGGAGUAUGGGAUGCCAACUUGGUGCUCAUAUCUGAUAUUUGCAGUUGCUACCAUUAUAAUCGGCGCUCUGCUUGGACUUGUGUUGGUGUGUUUGAUAGAUCUAAUUUAUCCACCAAAACCUGUUUUAGUCCAGAGCAAAACUGAACCAGAACUUGAAAAGGAGAAAGGAGAACAGGAGAGUGGCGGCAAGGAACCUAGUGGUGACGAGCUGGAUGAUGAUAUCAUCAAAGAUGAUGUGGAUGAAGAAGGCUCUGAUGCGGUUGCAACUCAGAGUGGUUCAGACACAGAGACGAAAGGAGAGGAAGAAAAUUCCAAUGUUCGAAAACGUAAAGCCAGGAAAGCGGACUAAUAUAACGUACCUGGUACUUAACUUCCAGCAAAGAGCAAAGGCAUAGUUAGUACGAUAUGAGGGAAGGCUAAUAGUGGGGUGCAGCAUAUGCUGAGUGGGAGAUUGGGAUAUGUUACCACACAGAGUUCAAGUUGUACAUAAAUUUUAGGAAAUGGCUGCAUUCUCCAUUGACUUUCCCACAUAGUAUUUAUUGUAGCACUGCCUCAUAUGCAUUGCUCAUAAAGCAUGAAAACAUUUUGUACAUGAGGAGAUGCAAUGUAUGUUCUGUUCCAUUUUAAGUGUGCAUGGGCAGGCAAAUAAGGCAGGUUUCUCUUGUUUGUACUUGUUUGGAGAUCUUUGUUUUUCUUCUCAUAUCAAGCUAAGCAGCUCAACUGACUGGUAAUGAAACCUGUCUUAUCAGUCAGUCUAAGUUGCCCACCCCAGAUGGUAAAUGGUAUAGUAACUUUUGUAUUCCAUGAAGAGCAGUGAGGGGUGAAGUAAUAUAUAUAUAUAUAUAUAUAAUGUCAGUAAUGUAUUCCUAUUAAAAUAUGAUUGAGUGCCUGUUUAUGCUGCUAUGCACAGCCCAGUUUCAACCCUCACUUAAAAACUGUGAUAACAUUCUGAUCCUGAAAACAUUCCACAUUGUUUGUAAGGGUCAAGCUAAGAUAAAGAAAGGUAUUUGCUCUUGCUAAACUCAUUUUGUACCACGGUUAAUAUAACUUGCAUACAGAGUACUUUGUGCAUGUACUAACUUCAUUAAAGCUAUGUUAUAAUGGGAGCAACAUAUUUAGGAGUGUUCCAUCUUGCUAACUUAUAAGCAACCCUUGGAAAAUUCACUUUCUCAAAACAAGGAAAGAUAGUUUCGUUUUCAUGUCAAGAACACCAGAAUGGCAGUGAUAUUUUUUUGGAAGCUGGUCAGACUUCAAGUCACGUGGCGCUCAUGCACGCACGCAUGCACGCGCACACACACACACACACACACACACACACACACAGAGGUUACUUCCUUCAUUUACUGCCUGUUCAUAGAAUAAUAGCCAGUGGGUGGUAACUUAUGGGUAUGAUAGUAACAUGCUAUCAGAGGCCGCACCAUAGCUCAAGUAGUUAGUUGCUGGCUUCCCAGUGCAGCGGCCCGGGUUCGAUCCCGGGUCUGGUC